AUGAAGUUGCUUGGAAAGCCCAGGAGCCGGACAGCUGCCUUCCUGCCUCUGUGCUUGCUCCUUAUGAAGAUUCUGCAGCCAGGGCACAGCCACCUUUAUAACAACCGCUAUGCUGGUGAUCAGGUGAUAAGACUUAUUCCCAAAACAGAAGAGGAAGCCUAUGCACUGAAGAAAAUACACCACCAACUUAAGGUGGACCUGUGGCAGCCCAGCAGUAUCUCCUAUGUAUCAGAGGGAACAGUUACCGAUGUCCAUAUUCCCCAAAAUGCUUCCCAAGCCCUGUUAGCCUUCUUACAGCAAGCCAACAUCCAGUACAAGGUCCUCAUAGAAGAUCUUCAGAAAGCACUGGAAAAGGGAAGCAGCUUGCAGACCCAAAGAAAUCGAAGAUCUGUUCCUGGAUAUAAUUAUGAAGUUUAUCACUCCUUAGAAGAAAUUCAAGACUGGAUGCAACAUCUGAAUAAAACCCACUCAGACCUCAUUCAGAUGUUCUCUAUUGGAAAAUCAUAUGAGGGAAGAUCUCUUUUUGUUUUAAAGCUGGGCAGAAGAUCCCGAGCUUACAAAAGAGCUGUCUGGAUAGACUGUGGCAUUCAUGCAAGAGAAUGGAUUGGUCCUGCCUUUUGUCAAUGGUUUGUAAAAGAAGCUCUUCUAACAUAUCGGAGUGACCCGGCCAUGAGAAAAAUGCUGAAUCAUCUGUAUUUCUAUAUCAUGCCUGUGUUUAACGUUGACGGAUACCAUUUUAGCUGGACCAAUGAUCGAUUUUGGAGGAAAACAAGGUCAAGGAACUCAAGGUUUCGUUGCCGUGGAGUGGAUGCCAACCGGAACUGGAAAGUGAAGUGGUGCGAUGAAGGAGCUUCUAUGCACCCUUGUGAUGACACGUACUGCGGACCUUUCCCAGAGUCUGAGCCAGAAGUGAAAGCUGUAGCUAACUUCCUCCGAAAACACAAAAAGCACAUUAGGGCUUACCUCUCCUUUCAUGCGUAUGCUCAGAUGCUGCUGUAUCCCUAUUCUUACAAAUAUGCAACAAUCCCCAAUUUCAGCUGCGUAGAAUCUGCAGCUUACAAAGCUGUUAAUGCACUUCGGUCGGUAUAUGGAGUACAGUAUAGAUAUGGACCUGCUUCCAGCACGCUGUAUGUGAGCUCUGGUAGUUCAAUGGAUUGGGCCUACAAAAAUGGAAUACCCUAUGCAUUUGCUUUCGAACUACGUGACACUGGGCAUUUUGGAUUUUUACUCCCAGAGACGCUCAUAAAACCCACCUGUACGGAGACCAUGAUGGCUGUGAAGAAUAUCACAAUGCACCUGCUAAAGAAGUGUCACUAAGGGACCCCAACAUUCAACUGCCAGAGAGAGUGUGGAUUCUGAGCAGUGGCUACUUGGUGUGUGGAUGGAAAUUGUUUUUAAAGAGAAGGGAAACUGCUUAGAGUGAAUAUAUCUGUGGACUUUAAAAGGACUUUUUCAUGCAGUUCGACUCUGUGACAAGAGAAAAUGAUAAAAGUUAAGGACUAGCCUGGUGUGUUGUAAAAGAAAGCAUCCAUCUUAUAUCCCUUUAGAGUCUUUAUUUAGUUAAGGGAUAGGAAUGUUUUCAGAUCUUUUUUGUCUCAAGAAAUGUACAAAUUAAUCAAAGGUUUCAAUUCAGUAAACAUCAUGCUAUCAAUUAAGAUCUAGGCUACUGAUGUUUAAUCACUUGGUUCUCAUUUGAAAUGGGAAUUUUUGAAAUGGAAAGAACCAACUAUAUUUCUUAAUAUAUUAAGUAUACAACUUAUCAAGACCUUAGCCUAGUCACAUCUUCACCCCCUGACAUUAGCGCUAUA